GGCAGCCUGGUCUGAUGUCUAUAUUUAGGAGGCCAAGGACUCUCUUUCCAGAGAAGUCACCCUAAUAGAAGAAGAGGCGUGUUUGAGCUCCACCCAAUAAAGUAGCCUCGGGCACUGGAGAACAAGGCAUGAUUCAGAGCCUAAAGUCUCUUGUCACCUUUGGAUUCAAAUCCAGUCAUACAGCAAGAGUUUUGAGAAGAUGCCACAAGGUCUUCUCUGAUGGCUUCAUCAAAGAAGUGAGUAGUUUUUCCCCCCAUUCCUACCCUGAACCAAGUGGGCUUCAGCAACUUGAGGACUCCAGGAGGCCCAGCAUCCAUCUGGGCACUUCAAAGUGGCCCAGGAAAGUGGGAUCCCAGGACUGCUGGCAGUAGUGGAGAGACUCUGGCACACUAGGGACAACCCUGUGGCACAGCGAUCAAAGUCCUUACCAGGAGAUCCCCCAGGAGGCCACUAGGGGGAGAGCAGGGUAGCAGUAGACCUCCCCGAAGCGAGUUGAAACAGGUGAGGAGGAAACUGGCAGUGGGGAUUUAAUACCAAAAAGGUGUCAUUUAUGCAUGUGUAGCACACUCCACAUGGAGCCUUCUAAAAUGACUGCAUAGGAUUUGAGGGUAGCCAGGUAAUUCAGCAACAGCUGGUCAUGGCAAGAGCCAGGAAAUAAAGUAAGGUAAUGACUGGUAGUAAUAUCUUCUGUGUGACCUCGGGCUUAACGGUCUGUGGUGUGAUGUGGCAAAACUCAAGGCAAAAUAUCUUAGGUAUUUAAAAAAUACGAAAAAGUUGGAAUACUAAAUCUUAGCAUCUCUGUCUGGAAAUCAAAGUAUUGUUUUUCAAAAAUCACAGCCAGUUUUAGCUUCUGUUUUCCCUCCUCAUAAAACAUUGUACAUGACUUCAGCUUUACUUUCUCAAGACAUGCUAAAGUGCUGAGUCACUAGAAAAAAAAAGAAAGUAAAGGAAGAGGGAUCCUGAUUCUUAGGGCAGCCUCAGUGAUGACCUAAGCCACUUUUUUCCACAGUUGUGAUUCUUUUCGAUGCUAAACAACGUCACAUUUUGCACAAUCUUAAUGAGGUUUCCAAUCAGCCCCACCCACUCUGGCCCCACCCCCACCGUCCAUCAAAGAUUUUAUCAAAUGUGGGAUUUUCCCAUGAGUCUCAAAAUUAGAGUGUCAACUCCCAAUAAAUAUGAGACAGGGGAUGUCUGAAGCUCAUUCUGCUCCUGAGCCCACCAGGAACGAAACAGAGCUAGCUCCAUCUUGCCCUCCAUCUGCCCUCCAGGAACAGCUAUGAAGUUUCUCUCCACAAGCACCUUCCGUCCACUUGCCUUGUGGGGGCUGCUCCUGGUAACAGUUACUGCUGCUCCCACCUCACAAGUUCUGAAAGAUUUCAGGGCUGAUACGACGUCAAGUAAGCCAACAACCUCUAAUUCACAAGCGUUUCGACUGUUUACGCUAGUCCUCCACGAUGUCCAGGAACUGAAAAGUGAGACGUGCAAACAUAAUGUCAAUUGCCUAGAGGAGGAAAAGGCAAUGUUAAACAACCUGAACCUCCCAAAGAUAAAAAUAGAAGAUGGAUGCUUCUACGGUGGAUACAACUGGGAAACAUGCCACUUGAAAAUCAUCACUGGUCUUCUGAAGUUCCAGAUCUACCUGCAGUACAUGCAGAACAAGCUUCAGAGUGACUCUGAAAAUGAAAAAGCUGAAAAAAUAUACACUAGUGUCAAAAGCUUGAGUCUGUUCAUGAAAGCUAAGGUAAGCAAUACAGAACAGACAGUCUUCCCUAGCCCAACUGCGAAUGCCACCCUGCUGGAGGAGCUGGAGUCACAGAAUGAGACUCAGAAGCUUUUGAUAGUUCAAAUCGUUCUGUGCAGCCUUGAAGAAUUCCUGCAGAAUAGUCUGAGGCCUAUUCGGAAAGCAGGUUCAGACUUGGACUUAGAUAUCUAAUAUGAUCAGUUCAUGGGCAUUUCUUCCUAUGGUCAGAAAACAUGUCCUGUCCACUGAGUAUCUUAUCUUGUUCUCUACGAAGAACUGACUGUAUGAGUGUUAGGACACUAUUUUAAUUAUUUUUAAUUUAUUGAUAAUUUAAAUAUGUGAAAUUUGAGUUAAUUUAUAUGUGAUUGAUAUUUAUAAUUUUAUUAAGUGGCACUUGAAAUGUUAUAUGUAAUGUUUUUGAAAUUAUAAUAUAAAAGUCUAAGCAGUUUUGAAUAUCCUGUUUCAGAGCCAGAUCAUUUCUCUGAAUGUAUAAGCUUACCUCA